CCCCGCCCUUUACCUCUACUCUCCCUAGCCCCACCUCUUUUCCUUUCAUGGCCGUCCCCUACCGCGAAGCCCGGUCGGGGCGCACUAGGCUGGCUGAAGGGGGCGGGACCUGAGAGGCGGACAGAAAGAGCAAGUCUUCUCUGAGAGGGGAGGCAGCACGGCAGCUUUUUCUCCAUUUCGCUCAGCUGUGCUGAGGAGACCGACCGGCUGGUUGCCUGGCUGUCCGCUAGCAUGAGUGGGUCGGGGCUACCCGGGAGCGGCGCCGGGUCCGGAUUGCCUCCGCUGCCGAAGAGCCUGAGCGGGUUGUUGAAUUCUUCUUCCAGCGGGGGCGGCCUGGGCGGAACCGGGGGGCGCUGGCGGGACCUGGAGCGGCUCUACGCGCAGAAAUCCCGUAUUCAGGAUGAGCUCAGCCGGAGCGGAGCCGGAGGUGGGGGCAGAGGAUCCCCUCGGCCGCCGAAGCCUCCCAACCUAGACGCCGCUUUGGCCUUGCUACGAAAAGAGAUGGUUGGUCUCCGUCAGCUCGAUAUGUCGUUAUUAUGUCAACUAUAUUCCCUUUAUGAGUCAAUUCAAGAAUAUAAAGGUGCCUGCCAAGCUGUAUCAAGUGCAGACUGUGCAUAUGCUCUGGAAAAUGGCUUUUUUGAUGAAGAGGAGGAAUAUUUCUAAGAACACAGCCAUUCCCAAGAGCAGACCUGUGAGAUCAUCGAUGUCUAAUUGGAACUCUUAAGUGCAUUCUUGACUUAUGCUGAAGAAAAGAUGCUUUGCUACUUCGUAGCCCACUUAUUUCUGGCAUGCUGUCAACCCAUUACACAUUGUGUGAAUCCUCCUUCAGGAAAACAAUGUGCGACAAAUUUUCAAGCGUCCUCAAGCACGUUUGACAGGCCAUGUCAGUAUAAUUUGUGCACAGGGUGUUUCCAGUUUGUACAUGUUGGCAAAUAACUUUUCAUAAGCUGUAGCCUGGGAUCCAACAAGGAAGCAAUGACAUCUAGAUGUUCUGACAUGUAAAACUGUAGUAAUUAUACAUGUAUUUUGUAAAUAUUGGGAUAGUCUUUGAACUGAUGUUUUGGCUUUUAAAAAAGACUUGUUAAAAACAGAGAUCUGUGGGACCAGUUUGUAUCUUCUCCAAUACUGUAUUGGAUGGACCUUCCAAUACAGUACCUCAAAUAUUCUUCUAAAAGCCUAUUUUCAUUAUU